AUGGACCGUUUGUUUCCACUGAACGCGCAACACAAAGGACUGCGGUUUGCAGGCCUCGUCAUCGGCUUUUCUCUCAUCAUUCCUAUGUUGCAUUCUGUUUAUGGAGACGUCAGCUACACAUUUCCAGAGGAGAUGAAAAAGGGAGCAGUGAUUGGAAAUAUCGCCAAGGAUCUCGGGCUGGAUGUGAGCGUGCUGUCUGCUCGGAAGGCCCGCAUCGACACUGAAGGAAACAGCAGGCGGUAUUGUGACGUCAACCUCAGUAAAGGAGAUUUAAUUGUUGCCGAGAGGAUUGACAGAGAAGCGCUUUGUGAGAAGAAGGCUUCUUGCGUUUUGAAACCGGAGCUGGUUUUGGAGAACCCGUUGGAAUUACAACGCAUUAUUCUACAUGUCCAAGAUCUAAAUGACAACUCCCCUCUGUUUGAACAAAGCUUUAUCAAAAUGGAAAUCAGUGAAUCGGCAGCCAAAGGGGCUCGCUUUUCUUUAGAUGAGGCUCAUGAUGCGGAUAUAGGACACAAUGAUAUUACGGUAUAUACCUUGCAAAGGAAUGAUCAUUUUGUUUUGAAUGUUGAUACAAAUUCUCACGGACAAAAAUCUUGCAAAUUAGUCUUGGAAAAAGAGUUAGAUCGUGAAAACGAGCAAGAAAUUACUUUUAUCCUCACGGCCCUUGACGGUGGUUCCCCUCAGAGAUCAGGUACUGUAGUGAUACACGUCACUGUACUGGAUGCUAAUGAUAACACCCCAGUGUUUAGCCAGGCUGUUUAUAAAGCAAGUCUGCCCGAAAACUCUCCUUUAGAUACUGUUGUGGUUACAGUGAGUGCUGCUGAUGCUGAUGAAGGAAUUAAUGGUGAAGUUGUGUAUGGAUUUAACCAUGUCUCAGACACCGGCAAUGUUUUUUCCAUUAACCAAAACACUGGUGAGGUGAGAGUCAGUGGGGAGAUAGAUUAUGAAGAGAAGUCAACAUAUCAAAUGCGAAUUAGUGCAAAAGACGGCCUUGGACUAGCAUCAUACUCCAGCCUAAUUAUUGAUAUCACUGAUGUAAAUGAUAAUGUUCCAGUGUUGUAUCUAAAAUCACUCACUAAUCCAGUACCGGAGAAUGCGUCACCUGGCACAGAGGUUGGCAUCAUUAAUGUACAGGACAGAGACUCUGAGAAAAACAAACAGGUCCAUUGCUCUAUUCAGAAUAAUGUGCCUUUCAAAUUGGUUCCGUCCAUCAAAAACUAUUAUUCUCUUGUAACAACGGGCCCAUUAGACCGUGAACUAGUGUCUGAUUACAACAUCACAAUCACUGCUACUGAUGAGGGCUCUCCUCCUCUUUCCUCCUCUAAAAGUGUUCAGUUAUCUGUAGCUGACGUCAACGACAACCCACCUGUGUUUGAGGAGCAGUCCUUCAACGCCUACGUGACUGAAAACAACAAACCUGGAUCUACUUUAUGUUCCGUUAGUGCCCUAGACCCAGACUGGAGACAAAACGGUACAGUGAUUUAUUCUCUUUUACCUGGGGAGGUGAACGGUGCCCCGGUGUCCUCCUAUCUCUCCGUUAACGGAGACACGGGGCUGAUCCACGCUGUCAGGUCGUUGGAUUAUGAACAGUUCAGGAGCUUUAAAGUUCACGUGAUGGCGAGAGACAACGGUUCUCCUCCACUCAGCAGCAACGUGACCGUCAGUGUCUUCAUAAUGGAUGUGAAUGACAACUGUCCUCAGAUACUUUACCCCGCCCCGGAGGGACACUCCUUCAUGACUGAACUCGUCCCCAAAGCAGCUCACGGGGGCUCUCUGGUGUCCAAGGUGAUAGCGGUGGAUGCAGACUCCGGACAGAACGCCUGGCUGUCCUAUCAUAUAGUCAAAUCCACUGAUCCGGGACUUUUCACUAUUGGUCUGCACAGUGGCGAGAUCAGGACACAGCGGGACAUUUCUGAAUCUGACAACAUGAAACAGAAUCUUAUUGUGGCAGUGAAAGAUAACGGACAGCCCUCUCUGUCUGCCACCUGUUCCAUGUAUUUACUGAUUUCUGAUAACUUGGCUGAAGUGCCAGAACUGAAAGACAUGUCUUAUGAUGAGACUAAUUCCAAACUGACCUCUUAUCUGAUCAUCGCGCUGGUGUCAGUCUCCACCUUUUUCCUGACCUUCAUUAUUGUCAUCCUGGGUGUGAGGUUUUGUCGCAGGAGAAAACCCAGACUGUUGUUUGAUGGAGCGGUGGCCAUCCCCAGUGCUUAUCUGCCUCCUAAUUACGCAGAAGUUGACGGAACAGGAACUUUACGCAGCACUUACAAUUAUGACGCGUAUCUGACAACGGGCUCUAGAACCAGUGACUUCAAGUUUGUGAGAUCUUACAAUGACAACACACUGCCUACAGACCAGACUCUGACGAAAAGCAUAAGUGACUUUACUGAGGUAUUUGGAGACUCCCAGCAGUCUUCAGAGUACUAUGCUGAUGCUCCUAUUGCGCCGCUGCACCAAUUUCACUUGAAAUGA